UGUCCCGCGCAGCCGAGCAGCCCGCACGCCCGCCGCCUCCGGAGACAGGAGAGACAACCCCCAGCGCUCACGAGAUGUCGGCGAGCUGCGUGUCGCAGGAAGCCGCGCGCGCCAAGAAGCUGAACCUGGAGAAGGCGACCAACUUCAUGCGGCAGUACCGCGAUCCGCAGAGCCGCGAGCUCAAGAAGCUGUCCGCCAACCAGUUCAUGGAGGUGUGGAGCCACUACGACAAGGACGGCAAUGGGUACAUAGAAGGCACGGAGCUGGAUGGCUUCCUGAGAGAGUUCGUCGCCAGUGCGAAUGCUACUGACGUCAGUCCAGAGGCGGUGUCGGACUCCAUGUUAGUGGAGCUGAAGCAAUGCUUCAUGGAAGCCUACGACGAUAAUCAAGACGGAAAGAUAGACAUUAGGGAGCUAGCCCAGCUGCUGCCCAUGGAGGAGAACUUCCUGCUGCUGUUCCGGUUCGACAACCCUCUGGAGUCCAGCGUCGAGUUCAUGAAGAUCUGGCGGGAGUACGACCUGGACGGAAGCGGCUACAUCGAGGCGGACGAGCUCAAGAACUUCCUCAGGGAUCUGCUGAAGGAGGCCAAGAAGAUCAACGACGUGUCGGAGGACAAGCUGAUCGAGUACACGGACACCAUGCUGCAAGUGUUCGAUGCAAACAAAGACGGCAGGCUACAGCUGUCAGAGAUGGCAAAACUCCUGCCAGUACGGGAAAAUUUCUUGUGUCGGCAGAUCUUCAAGGGAGCCACAAAACUGACAAAGGAUGACAUAGAGAGGGUAUUUUCACUUUAUGACAGGGACAAUAAUGGCACAAUAGAAAAUGAAGAACUACGAGGAUUCCUUAAAGAUUUGCUGGAACUGGUUAAGAAGGACUAUGAUGCACAGGAUCUCCAGGAAUUUGAAGAAACUAUACUCAGAGGAGUGGAUUACAAUCAGGAUGGCAAGAUAAACAAGAAAGAACUCACCAUGAUCCUCUUGGCACUCGCAAAACACAAUCAAGAAGAAGAAGCAUCGAGCACUUAAGACUUUCACAAUAUCAUUAGUGGCAGUUAUUUUUAUCAGAGAAAAUUUCAAGUGUUGCUAUUUCACACUUCGAGCGAAGAGGGUGAACGAAAUCUGCUAAUUACUUUUGAAAACAUUUCUUCCAUACAAUUCCAACCAGUAACACAGUUUAACGAAGCAGUAUUAAUCCACAUUUCUAAAAUUUGUGUAUUUGAGAUUACUGUGAAUAAUCGUUCCAUAGAGAGACUCCAGGUCCCAAACUAGCGUCAAGUUACCGUUCACUGUGUACGUGCUGAUCCCAAGUGACUGAUGAUUAACUUUAUGUGUGUUAAAGUAGAAAAAUAAAUGAACACACUGAAAUGUACUUUAUAGAUGUCACUUUUUACAGAUACACUGAAAAUGCUUCAGUGUAUUAAAUGAUUAAUUGACAAUGCAUUUAUCUUGCUUCAAUAUGUUGUACUAGCAUUGGACAUUUUUACUGUAUUAAAACAAACGUAAUAUACUCAAAACAUCAUCUUAAAACAUUGUCAAAUACUUGCUAAAUUUUGUCAAUAUAACGUUAAUAAAAUUGGUUUUCAAAAGCUCUGUUGCAAUACAUGCUACAUUUACCUGUUAACAGGUUUUAAUUUUAUCAGUCUACGUUACUAAAAGCAAAAUGUUUCAUAUAAAAUUUGCAAAGUAAAAAGGAUUUAUAAUUACUUGCUUUCUCAGUGCAUCAACUAAGAUUAUAUAAAUAUUUUUUUAUUUUACAUAUUUAGCUUUGCAUGAAUAUUACAUAAGCACACAUUUUGCCAAACUGGCUGGCUGUAAAAAUCCAUAGAAUUGUAUUAACUACCAAGAGUAAUGCUCUGAAUUAUGUGCAUGAUAAAAUUUGCUCCCAGAAGCAAACGUCUUUGAAAAUAUUUAUGAUACUGUAUUUAAUUCUUACUACUUUAAUCAUAUGCUGCAUAACUUGCUUGAUAUAAGAAAAUUAUAUCAAAAUUAAUCUACAAGACAUUAGAGGUACAAGAUGAUUACCAUUUUAUGUCAAAAUAAUGAUUGUGUAAACAUAAACACCAAAACUUUAAUUUAAAAAGAGUGUCCUUUCCCUAAGUUUGAAAAUGUAGUAUUCAUAGUCAUGUAGUACAUAAAUGAAAAGUAUUACGUAUAUGCUCUACAGCUGGCCUAAUUAAAAAAAAUUGUUUUUGUGCUUUACCUUGAAAAUUUUGUUUUGUACUGCAAAGUGCAUUUCAUGUAAAUUCUUACUUUUCCAUCGUGCCCAAAAGAAAUACCAACAACAUCUGUCUUCUUUAGCCACAGGUAACUUAUCAAUAAAAUCAAUGUUUGUAAAAUAAAUUGGUGUGCCUCUCGACUUCACCAACACCACACCAGACCUAAGCAAUGUCGAGUUUAAUGCUGACUUAUAAUUAUCCCACAAAAGAUCUUGCUUUGUGAUACUAGGUACAUACUAGCAAAGAUAAGUGAAUAAAAAAAUUUAUUCACAAAAUUUUCAACAUUAUAUAUAUAUAUAUAUAUAUAUAUAUAUAUAUAUAUAUAUAUAUAUAUAUAUAUAUAUAUAUAUAUAUGUUUAAAAAUUUUUAUUCGUAUAAAUAAACUUUACACUGCCAUAGUGUUGUAGUUGAUUUGUGGAGAACAUUCUACACCAUGGCUCAUUUGGCACGAUGAAUAAUUAAUUUAGGCAUCCAAAUUAACUAAAUCAUUCAAAGUGAUCUUUAAAAAACCUAAUUUUACAUAAAAUGUAGUUAAAUGCCAGCAGCUAACAAUUAUUUGUAUAUGACAUAUAUAUCGUACCUAACUUGAACUAAAAUUCUAAAUAGUAUUUUGGUUGCAAAUUGAUAAUAAAAUGUUGUGCACACUUCUCAUUGCUAUUUAAAGCCAUGAACUUUACAAACUUGCUAUGUCUGCAAAUAUUUCAACUCUUAUGCCUAAUUCAUUGAGCUGUAUCUAAGUGUGCUACACCAACUAUUCAUUACAAUAGGUUUAGGAUUAUAAUAUUUUGCAGGUAGUGUAUUGCAUGUAAUAUUAAUUUACAAGUGUUGUGCAUUUACUCCACUACAGUUAAGCCAAAAAUUUGUGAACAGGUAUGAGUCCUGCCUGAGAAUGUUCCUACCUUCCUUUCUCUUGCCAAUGGUCACUUUUCCAGUUAAAAAAUUUAAAAUAUACAUACACACAUUUCACAUAAACACCAUUUAAACAUACUCCGCUGAAUUAUUUACUUUCAGUUUUGUCAUAUUUAUAUGUUUUAGAAUAAAUUAUAUUAGUUUAUUUUAUUUAAAUUUAAUUCAAAUGACACCAGAAAUGUAAUUAUUAUCAAGGUUACAAAGUCUGAAUUUAAAUACUUGACAAAAUGUUUUUUUUUACUUAUUCCCAACCUAACAUACAAGCAACACAAUACUUUUGAAAUUGGGAUAAUUUACCUGUUUAAAUUUUUGCAUACUACUUGUUGGUUAAAUGGUUGUAAAUAAAAAUGAAUACUUAACAUGAAAUGCACUUUAUCUUUGUUAAAUUUUUGUACAACGUAUUGAUGCUUAACUUAACUAUUUCCAGACUUAUAUCAUCUAGCUAGUAUUUGAUAUAGAUAGUAAAGAAGGAAAUUUUAGUUUACCAAAUCUAUGAAUAUUUUUAAUAUUUUUAAUAUUUAACCCAUUUCUCAUAUAUAUAAAUACUUUAAAUUUAUUAAAUGUUAACAAAUAUUUAAAGAAAAGAAUUCAAAUUUUAUUGUAAUUUAUUAACUAUUUACUAUAGCAAUUUAAAAAAAAAGUUUUAGGGUAAAAAAAUAUUUUAGUAUAACUUUUUGUAAAAUAAAAUGUAUAUAUAAUAUACUCCCAGUAAUCUUAACUAUCUAAACCACAAUAAUUUAAAACACAUUUUUGCAAAAAUUGAAAUUAACAUUGCAUCCUAUAUUUUACACUGCAUGGCUGACUUGCUCUGACGACAUACUUUCCAUAAAAUAUUGUACAUUGUAUACAUAGUUGCAUCUUGGAAGAGAAUUACGCAUAGAUUUUGGUGCUCCAGGCAGACCAAUCCUAAAAUUGUACAGUGUGAUAUUAAAACAUGUACUUAAUGAUAAGAAUAAUCAGUAAUCACUGUUACAUUUAUGCUUUAAUUCUACCUUAAAAGUGUCAUGCUGCACAUAAAAUACAUAAGUUCUUGUUUCUAUGGUGUCUACAGUGUAACUGCAAAUUUUUUUUUACAAGUAAUGACAGACUUAUUUUAAAAAACUGAGAACUGCACAAGUGUACUUUCAUUUUAUGAGAAUCAAUUUAUGUACUUUCUUGGUAUAGACAUUGCUGGUCUUCAAAUAUUAGACAAAAUUUAAACUGCAAUGUUCAUUGUUAGUAUACACUAAAAGCUAACAGGUUAUUGCUGCAAUUUUACACAAAAAAAUGGUGCUAAUUUAUAAAAUGAGUUACAUACACCAACAUACUCAAUUAGUGUAAAUAAAAAAAAAAUUUUACUUAAUGAAAAUGAUUGUUGAUAGUAAACGUACACAUGAUAUAGUAGUAGUUGGAUUCUGAAUUUGAUAUGUGAUGCAAGUAUGCAAUACAAAUACAUAGGUAUGUUUUUCAGCCAAAUUAAGAAUAAAAUACAUAUUAGAUAGACUUUUAUUUCUGAAUACUACUCAAAUUGUAAUUUGCCACUAAUAAAAAUUAUUUGCCGCCAAUAAAAAUGUAUUAGACCUAACUGUGGAACAGCAUACAUGUAACUGGGAAUCACAAUGAAAUCACUCCAUAAUUUUUAAAAAAAAAAGAGGUUUUAGACCUUAGCUAAAAUAAUUAUAGGUUUUUACCUAAAGUUCACCAAGUUGUAUUAAGUCAGGAUAUUCCUAGGUUGGUGCUGGACCAUCAGGCUUUCCGGACCAUUGGAUUCCUGAUUAUCAGAAGUAUACUGUACUAUGGACUAACUAUGAGAACUUAAAUGGUUUUCUUCUUACAAUAAAUGUUUAAUAUUUAAUUCCAUUAUGGGAAAAAACGCAACAUCUUUCCCCAUCUUUUAAACACACAUUUUAAAAUUUUUUUGCAAAAUUUACAUGCAGUUAGUUAUUUUUGUACUAAUAUAUUGAAAGAAAAAUAUUAUUAAAACAAAAAUAAAAAAACUUCUUAAAUUAUGUAAACAUGGCCACGUUAUCAUUUGCCAGACUGUUGCCUUACAGCAGCAUAUAAUAGAAGGAACUAUGGAGAAUUCAAGAAAAUUGGAGCACUCUUAAAUACCACUUUUGAUCAAGUGAGGGGGUAAAAAUAUUAAAAAAAAUAACUUGUCACAUAUAAGUUAUCAACUGUAGCUGGUGCAGGCAAGGUUUGGUUUAAGUAGAAUUGUGUGAGUGUUCAGUGUGUUUAGAAAACCUAGAACAUUCUUUAGUGUCAGCAAUUGCUGAAGAAAUGUAGGAAUGUAUUAAGAUUGUGGACUGGCCAAUCAGAUAAUGAAAUCCUCACUAUUUAAAAUAUUCAAUAUUCGAGGGGAAAAAAUUCCAAGAAUAUUUCAGAAAGAUUUUCAAAGAAAUGGUUGUCUACCACCAGUUACAAUGUUCUGAGGAUGUUUGUUUAGCACUUCAAGGAACAUUUUUGACACACAAAGAAAUUGCUUAAAAUCCCGAAUUUGUAUGUACGUAUUAGGGGUAUACCUGGUAAAAUCCUCGGACCCUCGAAUCCAUAGUAUUUGAAAGAUUUCAGAUUUUAGGAAAAAUAAUUUAAGGAAAAAACUGGGUAAAAUGGAGUAGAUCAAAAAUUUAAUCACUGACAAGUCUGAAGGUUACUAGUUCUAGUUCUUCUUCUUCUUCUUCUUCUUCUUAAUCUUCUUCAUUUCUAUCCUACUACCACUCCCACAAAUAUUUUACAUUUGAUAUGUAUUUAUAUAAAUAAAAUGCAAUAUGGAUUGAUUAUAAAAAAUUUGUGACCUUUAGAAGAUUAACUGAUUCAACACUAUAGUUAAUAAUUAAUGUAUUUUAUUUUUGGACAUUAUUUUAUUUACCAUUCACACCUACAUUUUGAUUCAAGGGGUAGAGUCAAAUAAUAUUUGGGAUUAAAAUUCAAUAUUCAGAUUAUAGAAAGUUCAAUCAUUCACUAAUUAAGAUAUUAGAUUUUAAAAGGUACACAUUAUUUCAUGUAUUACUAUUAUUAAUUAUAAGCCACAAAGUAUACAUUAACUACUUCUUGUGUGGAAGAAACAUGGAUUUGUAAUAAUAAAAAAAAAAAAUUAGAGAUAGGUGGAAUUAACUUUUUUCUCAAAUCCAAGUCCUGAAUUUGAUUAUUUAAAGGGAGACUCAAAUCCAAAUAAAUAUAGAUCUCAAAGAGUAAUGAAUAAAAUAAAGAAGGAGCAAAACACACAAAUUUAUGUUUUGAAAAUCAUUUAAAACAUUAAAUUUCUUCUCUAAAAUAAUAAAAAAAAAAA